UCGUGUUCAACUUCAGACUUCUGACUGAACAUUUUCAAGAAUAAAUUGUUGUUGUCCCAGAACAAAUAGUUUAUUUACCAAUUUUUAUUUCUGAUCACCUAUUGUAUCAUAUUCAGAUAUUUAUCGACAGCUAAUCUGGUGUAUCCUGCUUUUCUCUAACAUUUACGUUGAUAAAAUAGGGAGAUAGCAGUAACACAGGCAAAAGGUAUAUACAACUACAUCUAGUAACAAUGUCAAAUACUAUAGUCCAAUACAUCUUAGUACGUACCGACUUAUUACGGGAUAUGGCAUGGUCAGUAGGCUCCGUUGUAGCACAAGCAUGUCAUGCAUCAACAGCUGCUUUGCAUCUUUAUAAAGAUGAUGACUACACUAAAAAAUACUUAUCUGAUUUAGAUAACAUGCACAAAGUAGUAUUGGAAGUCCCUAAUGGAGAAGCACUAAGUCAGAAAGCAGAAGAGCUCAUAGAGAAUUCAAUUGACCAUAAACUGUGGAUUGAACAUCCUGAAAACAUACCCACUUGCUUAGCUUUGAAACCAUAUCCCAAAGAAGAAGUAAAAAAAUAUGUUGGAAAACUGAAGUUAUACAGAACCACUGUAAUAUGCUAAAGCUUUACUGUUAAUGAUUUUAUCUAAAUAAGUAGAUUUUUUAUCAUUUACUAUAUUUACUCCAUUCUAUUCACGCUUGAUGGGUGUUAUAAAGUUGGUAGGUUCAUAAGUAUGUAGUACAAAACAAAUAAUAUGCUAUUGUAAACUUAAUACAAGUGAAGUUGUAUCUUCUAUUAUUCUGUGUAUUAUCAUUCCAAUAGCUACAUCAAUCAUAUUGUACUAUUGCACCAUUUGUGUUGUGCAAUAGAUGUAAUAAGACAAUCAGCGAAUUGCCCAAGCCUAAAACUAUUGAAUAACUGAAACAAUUUUAAGGUACAUUAAACUUUUAUCGUUCACAUA